AUGUCUUUCCCAGGUGGCCUGUUCAGAUCCCAUAAUGACAAGAGCCAAGAGCCUUGGAAUCCAUGUGAGCUCUACCAAGGCACGUGCAGGAACAACUGCAGGAAAUCUGAAAUUCAAUAUUUAAACUGCCUACAUGAUCAAAAGUGCUGCCUGAAAUUUUCUGCGAAAGUAACCAGUUCUAUCAAUGCGAAGCAGGAUUACAACUCCAGCUCCAACUUGUCAGUUGCAAACACAUCAAGCCACUCUCCAAUUUGAAUGUCACCAACAUCACCCCCUCUUGUAGUGAU